CCGCCAUCCAGGUGCAGAUCACGCCAACACAGGGAGAGAUCAGCGUGGGAGAGUCCAAGUUCUUUCUCUGCGAAGUGACGGGAGAUGCUAAAGACAUCGACUGGUACUCCCCCAGUGGAGAGAAGAUCCUUCCCAACAGGCCGGACAUUAUCGUGAGCCGCGGAGAUGAAACCAUGUCCACGCUCACCAUCUACCACGCCAACGUGGACAGCGCCGGCAUCUACAAGUGUGUCGCCAAGAACGGAGACAAGGAGGCGCAGGCCACGGUGCAAGUGAAGAUCUUCCAAAAGAUCACCUUUGAGAGCGCCCCCAGCCCUCAGGAGUUUAACGAAGGCGAUGACGCGGCCAUCGUCUGCAACGUGAUCAGCUCUCCUCCUCCCAGCAUCAUCUGGAAACACAAAGGCUCCAAGAUCCAGGUUGCCAAAGACGUGAGAUUUAAGACUGGAUAAGGCCACCUGCAGAUCCGCGGCAUCAAGAAGAUCGAUGAGGGCAUGUACAACUGCGAGGCGAGAGUCAUGGCCCGCGGAGAGAUCGACUUCAAGAUGAUCAAGGUCGUCGUUAAUGUGCUCCCCACCAUCAGGGCGAGGGUCUCCGAUGUGAACGCCACCGCUGACAACUCUGCCUCCGCCCUGCUGGCCUGCGACGCCGACGGCUUCCCCGAACCCACCGUCACCUGGGCACAGUAGACAACAA